UCUGUGGCCCGAGUCCAGGUGUUAUGGGCCCGAGCUGGGGUGUUGCUGCCGUGGGUCGGGGUGCAGGUGCCCGGCACCUCACCCAGCGGCUUCGGGUCUCUGCUUCUUGUUUCAGAGUUACGGAGGAACAAGAGGCCGUACGAACUUCCACAGCGACGCCUGGUCGUCGCCGUUAUUCUGAAACAUGGCGUCCUUCCGAGCCCCGUGUCCCCCGCUUGUGUUUUUAUCUCUCACGGUCGCGGACCAACGUGUUUGUGUGGGCUGUGAAAGUUAGCAAGCGCGGCUAACAAGUUAGCACGGCGGCUAGGCUGUGGCUAGCAGUAGUGCUUAGCUAUUAGCAUCACAUUUCAACACUCAAAAGCAUCAGAACCACGGAACCGCGACAGAAGCGAGGUUCUAACAUGGCGGCAAGUUGAUGAGCAGGACCGGGACCUCCUGUCGAACUUCGUGGGCAGCGCAGACGGGUGGAGUCCAUUCCCACAGGCAGUUGCUUGUUCAUGCUUCAGGUGGAUGGUGUUCCUACUGGAGACGGCGUUCAGGCUGAUCGACCAGCUGACAGAUUGACUGGAUCCAUGAUGGAACUACAGACUUUGCAAGAGGCGCUGAAGGUGGAGAUCCAGGUCCAUCAGAAACUGGUUGCCCAGAUGAAGCAGGACCCCCAGAACGCAGAUCUGAAGAAGCAGCUGCACGAACUGCAAGCAAAGAUCACAGCCUUGAGUGAGAAGCAGAAAAAGGUGGUGGAACAGUUGAGGAAAGAGUUGUUGGUAAAACAAGAACCAGAGAAACUUCAGGCUGCAGUUGACCUGAAGACUCCGAGUAUGCAGACACUAACAGUAACUCCGGUCUUGGCUACAAAGACGCUACCUCUGGUGCUAAAAGCUGCAGCAACAACCACUUUACCUGUCCUGCCACACCGCCCUCCCACUGUCACCAUGGUAACCACAGCUAUCACCAAACCUGACCUGCAGAACUCCCCAAUCAAUCUGCAGGUUGCAGGCAAGCUGACCAGUCAGAGUGCAGAACCUGUAAGACUAGUCUCUAAGAACACGCUGGUGGUGCAGGCCACCACCACGGCUCAGCCGAUCAAAGUUCCUCAGUUCGUUCCUCCUCCUGGAUUAACGUCUCGGCCCACCUAUCAGCCCCAGGUUCGGCCAAAGCCGGUGACCACAGUCAACGUUCCCAUCGCGCCAGCCCCACCUCCGCCUAUGAUGGCAGCCCCGCAGUUGUUGCAAAGACCCGUCAUGUUGACGACCAAGCUGACGUCCUCAUUGCCCACAGCUGCUCCAGUACACCAGGUCCGCAUUGUCAAUGGUCAGCCCUGUCCCAAGACGGGCUCUGCACCUCUGACAGGAAUCGUCAUCACCACUCCUGUCUCAGCUACUGCCACCCACUUCACUACUCACCCCAACACUCCAGACCCCAUAGUGGUCACCGCCCAGACUCCAACACAACCAAUUCAGAUCAGCAGCCUGACGCUGGAACCCAAGGUGCGAUCAUUGUCAAUCCGGCGAUGUGUGUUCGAGACACCAGUGUUGACUCUUCCCUUUUGCUUUGAACAGACUGUUAAAACAGAAGGUGGAGCCGAGCCGAAAGCUGUCAUCACUCUCCCAUCUACUUCAACCCCGCCACUUUCUCCCUGCUCCAGAUCUAAGAAGGAAGAGAAUCCCGAGAAACUGGCCUUCAUGGGAUCCCUGGGUCUUGUGACACAUGACCACCUAGAAGAGAUUCAAAGUAAACGCCAGGAAAGAAAGAGAAGGACUACGGCAAACCCUGUGUACAGUGGUGCCAUGUUUGAACCCGAGAGGAAGAAGAGUGCCGUCAGUUACCUGAACAGUCCGCUGCACCAGGGCACCAGGAAGAGAGGUCGCCCCCCCAAGUACUGCAGCGUCCCAGAGCUGGGCGGCACCACCCCGACCUCCCCCUCCAGCCCCGCUCGUCCCCCCCCUCUGCCCAGCCCCGCCUCUGGGGACGGAGACAUCCACGAGGACUUCUGCACCGUGUGCAGACGCAGCGGACAGCUGCUCAUGUGUGACACAUGUUCUCGUGUGUACCACCUGGACUGCCUGGAUCCCCCGCUGAAAACCAUUCCUAAAGGCAUGUGGAUCUGUCCAAAAUGUCAACACCAGAUCCUGAAGAAAGAAGACGCCCUGCCCUGGCCCGGCACGCUCGCCAUAGUCCACUCCUACAUCGCAUACAAAGAAGCUAAAGAAGAGGAGAAGCAGAAGUUGAUGAAGUGGAGCUGCGAACUGAAACUAGAGAGAGAGCAACUGGAACAACGAGUCAAACAGCUCAGCAACUCCAUCUCUAAAUGCAUGGAGAGUAAAAACGGCAUCCUGGCGCGACAAAAGGAGAUGCAGGUUUCUCUUGACCGAGUCAAAAACUUGAUCCGCCUUAUCCAGAACUUUAGCUUCAAGCAGUCGCCCGUGGAGUCCAACGGCCAAGACAAGAGAGUCCAGGCUUGUCCUGCACCUGUAUCUGACCCGGCUGCUGAGACUCAGACAGUGCAGAGGAGCUUCACAGACCAGCAACAGCAGGCAGCACCAGCAGGGAGUCGGGGAAUUCUACCAUGCGGUGGCGCUCUCAUCGUAGAAAGCUGUCCUUCGGCGGCGGUGCCGGGAGGGGCGGCGGGGAGUAAAGCAGAUUCUGGAGCCGAAUCUGGGCCUGAGGCAGCUGCUAUGACUCCCAUCCCCGUCACCACCAAUGGCACCCUCGACCAAAGCCCCCCACCUGGAGGCUGUGCUGCCCCCACUGAAAACAAGCUGGCUGCUGACACCCCUCCAGAGACAGCAGAGGAGAAAAAGACCCCAGUGGUGGCCCACAGCGAGCCCAACAGUAAAACCUCGGAACCCUCGGAGCCGGGCCUGCCGGCGCUGGUCUGCAGCUCGGACCCUCAAGAGUAAAGACUUGUCUUAAGUUGCCAAUCUGUGUAAAUGUUGUUGUCGUGUUGUCACGUGUCAAUGGUAGAUAAACAGCCCAGGUCACUUGACUAUGGGAGGCUCCGCCCACUAACCUGAGCUGCAGGACGCCAAUGUCGUCGUGCCAAGUAGUGAUCGCCGUCUGAGGUCCGGUCCAUCUUCACACCGGUGUGUGCCUGUCCAAGUGUGUGUGUGACUGUAGGAGGGGGGUGGUACUAGGUCAAGUUCGAAAACCGAUCCUGCUGUGACCAGAACUGGGCUCCGGCCCGGGACUCCAGCAACACCUGACUUCGCGUGUGUUGUUUGGCCCCCAAGCGAAGAAAAGGAAAAAAUGUGAAAAGAAACUUUGUAUUUAAAAGAUAGAAAUGAUGUGUACUACGCUUGGCUCCAAAUUCAGAUGGACAGCACAGGUGGUGGGUCCCGCAGGCUUGGAGUCCUGUUGGCGUUCAGUCCAGCAGGCGAGGGUGUCCAGUGAGGUCUCAGUGUGACUCUUCAUUUGUGUGUCUGUGGACCGUUCGUCCGUCAGUUGUUAUUCAGGUCUUCCUCCUUCAACCUGCUGGACAAAAGUGAUUGGUACUGGAGGACUCACCUGGUCUUAGAUAAACCACCACGAGGUCUCGAUGAACCGGGUCGAAGCCUCCGGAGGGUUUAUAAACAAUAAUGAGAGUUUGACUCCGCCCACAAUGAUGAAAGCACAAGUGCUCAAGUUUUUCCUUGUCUAGAUGUAACUUUGGUCCCAUGUUGCCAAUCUUUGUUCUGAAGGCUCCGCCCCCUCUCCUCUGGUUCGACAGGUGGCGUCCUGCUGAUGCCGCUGGUCGUUUUUUCUUGAACUGCUGUCGCCCAGUGGCAGAAACUUUAUUACAUGAGGUGGCCGCGCUAAACGCUGCUUGAGGGUGAGGUGUUGCUAUGACAACAUGUUUCAUAUCAUCAAUCUUCAUAUCUGACAUCGUAAUGGGACUGCCUUCACUUAUCAGAACUAGUUUGUCGGACAUCUUGUAAAAGAAGAAAUCUUAGCUGUUCAUUUUGACCAUGUUUUGACGUCUAUGAUCCUGGUAAAUAUAACCUGACCAAUGUCACUGAACUUGGACGAAACACUCGGAGGAACUGGACAGAACUUUUUGGUCUUAAUAUUUAUCAAGUGAAAGAAAUUCUUUGUGCGUUAUUUGUGACGUGGACGUCUUGGACUGGUUCCAGACGAGUGUUCCGUCUAUGGUAGGUACCUCGAGUGCCUUCGCCUGUCUCUGACUCGCACUGUGACUUGUAGAACCUGCCUCGUAUGACCCCGCCCCAUUAGCUCAUCGGCUCUCCCUCCGAGUCCUGGGACAGUUGCUAAUGCUGCUUCCCUGAACCAGGUCUUCUGUUGCCUGGUCCAUUUCGCCUCCUGCGCCAGGUCUGAAAGUGAGGCCUGAUCUACUUCACCCUCUGAGCCAGGUCAGCUUUGACUUGGUCCACUCCGCCUCCUGAGCCAGGUCAACUUGCUGGCCCGCCCCGAGUUAAAGCGACUUCUAUUGCAAUGUGGUUUAUUUGGUGGCCAGAUGGUGUUUGUUGUUGUUUGAUGCCUUAACGUGUUUUAUUUUUAUGUGUAGUGUUUUUUUCUUUUCUUUUCUUUUCUUUCUUUUUGAGGAAAAAAAAAGUCGCUAGACGCAAGCAGUAUUAAUUUUAAAAGUGGGCUAGUGUCAAGCUGAAAUCACGGAACAAAAGAUCCUGCAGGCAUCAGUUGCCAGGGCGACACCUUUUAUGCAAAUUUUCUACAAGAACCUUUUUUAAUAUGCAUUUGUCUUUUUUUACGUUUCUAUGUCAACUUGCGUUUCAGUUCUGACGUCCCGAUGAUUAACGUUAUUGUGUUUCUUUGCGGAUGUCAUAUUCCAAGCCGAGCAACAGGGGGCGCUCAAGUCUUCAUCCAGACUAUCUACAGUCAACAAGUGAAUUUAUCCAAAGAACACUUUUUAUGUUCGGAGCCUUUUACGUCGUUGAUGCAUAUCAUUGUGAAAAAGAGACCAAGUUAAAUGCAGCAAAGUUGGCGGGAGGUCGUUCUGGGUGGAGUCCCGGUCUUGUGUUUUUUAUCUUCCACGUGUUGCGCGCAUCGUAGCGGCGAGUCAAUUCUGGAUAUUUGUAGAAUUGUUUGUAUUUUUUCAUGAUGAUUUUGGGAGAUUGUGUUUAUUUUUGUCUUGUUUUGGGGGCGUGGUCACUGCUGGAGACGAGCAUUUGAUCAAUUUGUAUUUAUUUAUUUUAUCAUUUUGUUAAUAAAUUGUCAA